UGCCGAGAGUAUCUGUGGCCUUCUCCCACUAUUUGAGAUGCACGGAACUUCUUUUGAUGUUGUCCUCGUUGGAAAUUUGUAUACCAUAGCGGCAAUGUUGGCGUAGCGUUGCUAUGGGCGACAAAAACCGCCAUUUGAAUUUGUUUUUAGGUUAGGAACUAUUACAUGACUGUCAUAUGUGUGUGUAGUGCUGAUAGAAUGACGGGUAUUAGAUCGAACGGCCCGAAAGAUUUUCCAAGGAUUGCUAAAGAAAUGGGCUUCAAUUUUAGUUUGCGAAGGGGCAGAGUGGACUGGCACAAAAUUGGUACAAUAGACAUUGACAGAUUGGUUCAGGAAAAAGAUCUUGUGUCAUUGCAAGAGAACCUCAUCAGUAUUAUAAAUUACAAUCUUGACAGUGAAUAUGAUGUGAAGAUACUGGAUCCCAAUUUUGUGAAGUUGUUUAAAUUGGCACAACUCUCUGUUGAUUACCUGAUGUAUUCUGAACAACAUGCGUAUAAUUGCAUGGAGCUGGAGCAUCAACAUUUGAAGAAACAUCUGAAGGAGGUGGAGAAGUUAAAAAGAGAGUAUAAGAAUAAAGAUGAUGAAAUGAAGAAUCUAAAGAAAAGGUUAAAGGAAAUGAAUGCAACUGAAAUUCAACGACACAAACAGCACUUUCGAACUAGCAGCGGGGAGGAAGUCCCAAAUUUCUUCAAGUGCCCCCACUGUGGAAAGACAUUUCUAACUGCUGGAUACUUGGAGGCACACCACAUGAGGCGUCACCCUGACACAACAUUCAUGCAGUUGCCUGCUCAACUGUGCAGUGAGACUGAGCGCUUGCAGUCAGAGAUAAAGGAGCUGAAGGAAAGACUCAAUAACACAGAGAGGCUACUGCAAAAGGAGUCAAGCCAAAAUAUGGAGGGAAAGAAAGAGGCUCAGAGUAGGGGUGAUGAUUGGUCUGAAGAAGAGAAGAGACAAAUGAAGGAAUGGCAGCAGGAACAGCAGCGCAAGUACCUGGACGAGAUUGCUGACCUGAAGACUGUAUUUUAUAAUGAGAUUAAGGUACAGCUUCACAUGUUUAUUAGUUUGAAGUUUCCAAUAAGGACUGUUAGAAGCCGUAGCCAAGCAUGUUUAGAAAUUGUAGAUGUUUGUACAAGUCUCAUGUCCCCAUCUUUAUUGAAUCACAUUUUACAGUAUCAUCAUAACAGGAGUGUUUUGAUGGACUGUGGUUCAACUUACUUGUGUAAAUAAUUUUUCUCGUGUGUAAAGAACAUAAAUCUGGAUUUUAAAUAACUGCUUUACAAAGAAAAUGUUUCUGUGUUACUUCCCCAAACAAAAACAUAUACACAGUAAUUCCACAGGACAGUCUAAGUUACAGAUACCAGUUUGUACCGGAGAGUUUCCAUUAAUUUGAAAAUGUUUGCUCUGUAACAGCUAUCCAGCAUAAUUUUUAUAAUAUUUUGGUUUUCAAUUUUUUUAAUUUAAAAAAGAAAUGAUGCCAAAAAUUCUGAGCUUGGCACUAAAAAAUUAGGGAAUGAGAAAGAUGGAAUAGAUUAUACACUAGUCACUUUGAAUGCAGUGGUUAUUAAGCAUGAAUGGAGAAUAAAUACAUUUCACCUGUG